ACCAACCAUUGAAUUUGGAAAUUUUGUCUCAUAAGAUUAUAUUAUUUAAUAAAAUCUUGAAGAUAAAUAAAAUUAAGUGAAGAAAAUGGAAAAUCUUACAACGGUUAGAAACAGAAGACAAAGAAAAAGGAAACUUUGAAGAGGCCUGAGUUCCAAGUAAGUAAACGUGUGUUAGGGAAACAAAAUCAAAUCUAGCAGGAGUCGGUUAACGAUACUCUCUCUUUAUAUACAAACACGUAAGGUCACACUUUCUAACAAUACAAAUCAUUCUCUCCACUUUCGUUGCUUCCAAACCCUAUUUUCUCAGUCGCGCGAGAAAGAGAGAGAGAAGGAUGGAGAAGCAUGAGUUCUUAGAACUGUUUGAAGCUGCAACCAAAGCUGCAAAAUCUGCUUUGAGAGGAGACGUUAAGAACUCUCCUGCGGUCUCUAGGUGCGUCGAAGCCAUAAAGCGUUUGAGAGAAGCUCCCGAGUCACUUGCUUGCGAGAUGGUCAUCGAUCGCAAAUACCCUCAAAUUGGAAAGAGUCACGGCCUUUUCACGGAGCACAAAAACCCUAGAAUCCAAUCCGAGGGAAAGAUUCUUUACUCUCUUUGGCUCAGAUAUCUCUACGCAACGGGGAGGAAACAGAGCUCACGACCUCGUGAUCGGACGGUGGUGAAGAAUAAGAAGAAGCUUGUGGAGGAGGAGAUGGUUUCGAGGACGACGACUGGGGAUUCUAACCGAGACAAAGUGCGUGAGAUUCUUCACAAGUCCUUGUCUAAAGUGGCUGUUGAGAUAAAGGAAGGAGUGGUUUCUUGCGAUUCUUGGAGUGUGGCCGCGUCCGUUGAAUCUGCAAUGUUUGAGAAACUAGGUUCUUUUGAAGGGACUCAAAAAAUAAAGUACAGAUCGAUUCUUUUCAACAUGGGAAAUAGCAGCAACCCAGACCUGAGAAGGAAAGUGCUGUUCGGUGAGAUCAGUGGAGAGAGGCUGGUGACGAUGGAGAAAGAAGAGAUGGCUAGCCACAAGAUUCAGUUGGAAGUUCAAAAAAUCAAAGAGAAAGCCAGAGAUAAGGAAGAGAAUCGAGUGAAGAGUAUGAUCAUGUUUCAGUCAGACAGUAUGAUCAUGACUUAAGCACAAAAUAUAGAUUCUCAGUUUAUUAAUUGUAUAGUAAUUAGUCUCUUGUCUUGGUGGUCUCAAUGUAAGAACACUUUUAAAGUUCUGCGUUGCCAAGUUUAAUUUGCAACUCUUGUCUUGUUUCAUAUGUUAAAAACAAAGUACAUAUAUAUUCUCAGUCUUAUUACAUGAUUUGAUUCAAUGUUCGAUUUCAUUACUCGGUUGGUGCGAAGCUAAUGUUUCCACAAAUUUACCAAACAAUGUAUAAAUGUUUGCUGAGAAUUAUUUGAUUCAUCAUUCUGAAUAGACGAGCUCCCAAGAAAGCGUGGCUCCUCUUUAGCAAUACUUUGACUCUGGACGUUCAAGAUUUGUUGACAAAAAAAAAAGAAGGUCCCAAUCAACAUCAUCUUCGUCAUCACACUUUCUACUGUUCUAACCUGAUCUCUUGUCCACAAGAUAUAUACCGUUGAUACUAUCUUUAGUCAGAUCACCAGAAUAUAUUAGUCAUUUGUCAUACACGAUUUGAUUAAACAGACAGUCUACAAACUUUUCAAAUGUCCACAAAAAAAUGCAAAAGCUUCAGUUGCACUACAUCAACUUCACCAUUCUGCAAAUAUGCAAUAAUGCACCUUCGGGGUUCUCAUAAAACAGACAGAAACCUUACAUGAUCUAUACACAUUCAAACUCUCAAAUAAACUUGAAAUCACAUCUGAUAACUACUAGUACUCAGUAAUCAGCCUAGUUGACAAAAAAUAACAAUAGUGUACAAAAUAACCAUAGUUCCAACCUCUAUAAGAACUUGUUAUGUGUUUAAUCUUUCGAACUCUUAGCGAUGCAUAUACGUAUGAACGAACGCCAAAGUCUCUAUCAGUAUUGUACAUUGUAUACGCUUUUAUCUAAUAACAAGGUGAUUUAUCAUAAAUAUCACAUUGCUGUGGAUUCCAUUAGAGAAGGCUGUAAUGAGGCUCUGGUAAGCUUAAGUAAUACAGGCUACCAUCAACGAUACUGCAUCGUACCAGCAAUCAUUAGAUAGAAGUAAGGAGUACAAUAAAUAAGACAGACGUCCAGAAAUGCAACAAAUGUAAUGAAAAUUCUUCAACGUCUACAUGUUACCAUUAACUCAAAACGUGCCAGUGGUAUCUUUAUGGUGAUAAAGAAUGGACACAUCAAAUUAUCCCAAUAUGAAAAUAUUUGUCGACAUAAAAUGUGGAAAUGCAUUUUUUCAUGAAAUUCUAUUUUACAAAAAACCAAAACGUGAAUACGUUUUUGAAGAAAAACAUGAAAAUAUAUUUUCCGCAAAAAAUAAAAACUCUUGUUUCCCUCUAGAACACAUAAAAUUAUGUUUUCUACAAAUUGUAAACUUGUUUUUAACAUAAAAUUCUAUCUUUUUGUUAAAAUCAUAAUAUUUUAUUUUCUUUCAAAAGCUCCAAAUUAUAAAAUCUAAUCCGGAUAUGAGACUUUGCAUUUUGUAUUUUUAAGAGAAAAAUAUAAUUAUUUUCAUAAAAAAUGAAAUGUUAUGUUUUGACAGAAAACUUAAAUCAGAAAACUUAAAUCAGUUUUGGAUUAAAAAUCAUAUUUUAUAUUUAUGGCGCAAAAUAUGGAAUUGCAUUUUAGCAGAAAACAUGAUUUAUGUUUUCAUGGAAAAACUAUUUAUGUUUAUAAGUGUCUAAAACACAAUAAUGUAAAACAAACAAAUCAACAAUAAUAAUAUAAUUAAUUUAGUAAAAACUCCUUUAUUAAAAGAGUUUUCAUUACAUUCUAUCCCCUGAGAUAGUACUCUCAUAUGACGUGAAUUGAAUUAUUCGUUGUAAAAUCGUUCGUAAAUUUUCUAAGUUUAUAAUAAUGUAGUUAUCUAGCGUUAAAAAAAUAAUGUUUGUAUUCGAAUCGCAUCUACAUCUUCUUGUCCAUUCAAGAAUAUAGGAAAAUCGCACUGCACCCAAAUCAUAUCUCCCAAUACAUAAUUCUAAUUAAUUGCAUCUGUUUCAAAACUCAUUGCUUCCCGCAUAAAAUAACAGUUGUGCUUAAAUUACUGUGGCAUUCGGAGCCUUAACCCAUUUAACAUGGCACCAACCCCCUCCCAAAUUUAGUAAAUAGGUGUGAUAACUUUAUUAUCCAUCUGAAACCAAAGUAAUCGGCAAGCAUCGUAAAUACUUAGGUACUAAAUAAGAAAAUAUCAAUAGAAACAUAAUAUGAAUGAAUAUUUUAACCGACUUUGGACCAUAUUAUCAUUCAGUUAACUGUUACCGGAAUUCAGGAAGAGUAAUCAGUUUAUUAUGUUGCUUCAAUCUAAAUAUAUUAGCAUGGCAACGCACAUAUAUUCAUAUAUAAACCUCUAGGCAUACCUAAGUUUAGUGAAUAUAAAAUCUGGUCUAGCUCUGCUCCUCAUAAAGAUGAGCAAAAAUAUCAAUACAUCAUAAUAUAGAAAAUAGAAAACAACAUAAGAAAAUUAUAAAACUUGGGUGCAAAGCAAAGGGAUUACGGUUUCUUGAGAUAAACUCAUCCAAAUGGUGGAAUCAAUGAGUGCAUCACAAAAAAAAAAAAGAUGAGUGCAUUAUGCUGUAUUCAUCAUUAAUAAUCUUGGUGUAGAAAUUAUAAUAGAUCACUCCAAAUCAUCAUUAUACCUAGAGAUCCAUAUGAUCAUUUUAUAGUUUUAUCAUUUAAAAUAUAUAUAGUAUUUCUGAUGUUCACACCGUACCGAGACGAUAUAUGUAUGGUAGCACGUGAUGGUAGUUUGUUGGUCUAUUCUACAAAUCGAACUACAACAUAUGACAGAAACAUAUAUGAUGUACUGUAUAGUUGAUACCUACAAUUGCGUAUACUGGUCGGGAAAGGAUAUCCAUACCAAAAAUGAAAAAUGACCAUAUUAAUUUGGUACAAAAUUUGGUUUUAUAUAUAUAUUAGUUUGGAUGUCUUGGGUCUAAUUUAAUUUCAAACAGUAGAUAAACGUCAUUUUAUUGCACGAUAUAACUGGAGUAAAAGUAUUUUAUGUAUAUUUGGAAUUUGGUUAGAUGUAUUACAUGAUUUAAUCUCAUUUUGCAAGUUGUCUCUCAUAACUAAUCUUAAAUAAGAUAAGAUCAUAGAUUCCAUGCUUUCAUUUGCUUCUAAGCAUGUUUUAAUGAUUGUAAGGUGACAUUUACAACGCAGCACAAAAAAAUACUACAAGUUGAUUACGUCAAUUACUGAAAAUUCCUUUUAAUCUAUUUGAUUAUAGGCAGAAGGAUUGUAGGAAAACGCACUUAGUUGAUUGCAAAGUUGGAAUAAUCAGAAAAAAAGUUUCUAAAACUCUUUAUGUAUCUUAACAAAAGUCCUUAUAAUGUUGUGAGACUUUAGAGAGAUUACAAACAAAAAAGUUGUGUUCCAAAAAAAAGGAAAAAAAGAGACUACAAACACGUGUCAAAGACAUGGGAUUUUGCUCGGCGGCUACGUGAGGGACCGGAGCAGUUCCCAAGGAGUUACUAAUACGAUUAUGUGUUCCGUACCUCUUUGAUUUGUUCUUGAUCCCAACACUUAAUCCCUCUGUUAAAUACCCUAACCUACACUUGUCUUUCGUGUUUGUGAGGACCACUAUGACAUUUGGAUUCUCUCUUUUUAUAGUUAAGUAAAUCAAUCAGUGACAAUUAAUUCCACAUGCCAAUACUAAUUUUAAACCUUUUUCAGUUGUCUGUAAGUCACAACUAUUACUAACAUUCUUUUUUUUUUUCCAUCAAGAGUUAUAUUAUAAAUUGAAGGGCCUAGCCCAAAAAUACAAAGCCCAGCCAAAAGGCAAACAGGAAACAUAAAACAAGGCCUCAAGCCCACAUCGGAAACCUUAGAAUCCACUAACGACAGGGUCACCACCGCUCCCGUGAGCCACCGUCUCGAUCCACAACGAGACCCCCGCAACGCGCUAAAACCCCCGGUGAAACAUCCAUCGAUCGAUCCACCGGUACACACCCGAGCUCGACAGCUCCAUAUCAUCGUCACUGCAACCGCCUUCAACCCAGAGAUUCUAUCAUCAGAGAGAUCGAUCGCACAUGCGAGAUCACCUCCGCUACCAUUGAUCACCACCACCAAGAAGAAGGCUUCACACAAACAUCUCCAAAUACCACCGGAGAGCCUCGAUCGUCUUCAGACGAGAGCUCCUCCAUCAGAACAACACCGACAACACAAAACCAAAAAAACCUAAAACGGAACUAGGAAAACCCGAGAGCCGGCGACGCAAGGCAAAGAACACCUUCACCCCCCGGAAGCUAAAGCCGGCGAAAGCGGAGCUGAGGAAGCCUCCGCCUCCCGGAAACAAGGCCGGCGGCGAUGGAGCUCUAGAAGCCUCCACCUCCCGGAAACAAACCCUAAUCUAAACAGCCUAUUUCCUCACACCGAACCCCACACAAUCGCGUCGUUACUCCAGCCGCAGAACCACCGAUGAUGUCGUAACACUCUCCGAGGUGUCGACGACGGACAAGGUCCGGACCAGAGCUCCAACAAAGCGAACGAGGGAGACCGCGUUGCAAAGGCAGG